AAAAGAAAAGAAAAUAGAACUCCUGGAUAAGUGUUACCACAGGCCAUGCACAAGGCCAGAAUUUCCCUGACAUCUGUCCGCCAGCACCGCCCUUUCAGGUACAACUCCACAAGAGACCCGCCAAACUUGGUGAAGUCACCCGCUUACAGGGCUCGCUCUCCACCUGAGCAAGGACUGCAAUUCCCAGGGGCCUCCAGGGCAUCCGGCCGCGCCAUUCCAGUCAUGCAGGCGGCGCGCUCUUUCCUGCUCGGCUCAAGUACGGGAACCGGUUCCCGGGCUCCCAGCCUUUCGGCAGGACCCACGCGCCUGGGCCAAAGUCCGCAGCGGAAGCCGGCGUCGCGGAGGCUUCUGGGAGAUGGAGGCCGAGGCUGCGACCUGCGCAGGCGCAAACCUGCAGCUGGGAGUGAGGGCUGGAAGUGGCGCGGUUCGGGGCAGCGCCCCGAUGGAACCUCCUGGUCCUGUGAGGGUACACGGGGACAAGAGAAGAUUAUGAUGAUGGAACCAAAGGAAGAGGAACAGUCUUGUGAGUAUGAGACCAGGCUACCUGGGAACCACUCUACCAGUCAAGAGAUCUUCCGCCAACGCUUCAGGCAUCUCCGCUACCAGGAGACUCCUGGUCCCCGGGAGGCCUUGAGCCAACUACGGGUACUCUGCUGUGAGUGGCUAAGGCCAGAGAAACACACGAAGGAGCAGAUCCUGGAGUUCCUGGUGCUAGAACAAUUCUUGACCAUCCUGCCUGAGGAGCUCCAGUCGUGGGUGCGGGGACAUCACCCUAAGAGUGGAGAGGAGGCUGUGACUGUGCUGGAGGAUUUAGAGAAAGGACUUGAACCAGAGCCGCAGGUCCCAGGCCCUGCACAUGGACCUGCACAGGAAGAGCCAUGGGAGAAGAAGGAAUCUCUGGGAGCAGCCCAGGAAGCACUGAGCAUCCGACUCCAGCCUAAGGAGACCCAGCCUUUCCCAAAGAGUGAACAGGUAUAUUUACAUUUUCUGUCAGUUGUUACAGAAGAUGGCCCAGAGCCCAAGGACAAAGGAUCAUUGCCACAACCACCCAUUACUGAAGUGGAAUCACAGGUGUCCUCAGAAAAUCUUGCUACUGACACCUCUACAUUUGAAGCUACCUCCGAGGGUACCUUACAACUGCAACAGAGAAAUCCCAAAGCGCAGACACUGAGGUGGUCCCCUGCUCAGGGGAAAAGUUUCAUGCAGAUGGUUGUCACCCAUAAGGAAAUUCCCACAGGGAAAAAAGACCAUGAAUGUAGUGAAUGUGGUAAAACCUUCAUUUAUAACUCACAUCUUGUUGUCCAUCAGAGAGUUCAUUCUGGAGAGAAACCCUAUAAGUGUAGUGACUGUGGGAAAACUUUCAAACAGAGCUCAAACCUCGGUCAGCAUCAGAGAAUUCAUACAGGAGAGAAACCCUUCGAAUGUAACGAAUGUGGGAAGGCCUUCAGGUGGGGUGCUCAUCUUGUUCAGCAUCAGAGGAUUCACUCAGGAGAGAAGCCCUAUGAGUGUAAUGAGUGUGGGAAGGCCUUUAGUCAAAGCUCAUAUCUCAGUCAGCAUCGGAGAGUUCACAGUGGAGAGAAACCUUUUAUAUGUAAAGAAUGUGGGAAAGCUUAUGGAUGGUGCUCAGAACUCAUUAGACAUCGGAGAGUUCAUGCCAGAAAAGAGCCUUCCCAUUGAAUUGAAGGGGAGAACGUCUCCAGACAGGAUUCUACAUUGGUCUAAUCUACUUUAGGACUGGAUCCCAUAAAAGUUAUAAGCUCCUUAAGA